AUGGGAUUUUUGAGUGGUGUGCUUGGUGCGGUGAAAGAUGAUGAAGCGGUUAAAACGUAUGAUAAAUACAUCACUGAAGACAAUAAAAAGCUUAAAAGUGUACUAGACACCUUAACUAAAAAAAUUGGCUCCGGGCGUGAUGGGCUUGCGGCGUCUGUCGGCGCGGUGAGGGAGUGGUUGGAGGGGUAUGAAACACAAAUCACUAAUAAAACAAAUGCAGUAAUUAAUCCCCUUAAGCAAUUAAAAGAUCAAAUCACACGUGAAAAAAAUAAAAUUGAUGAUGAAAAAGUUUCUUCACUUUCAACUCAGGUAGACAACUGGACUGGGCGGGCGGAGCAAUAUAAGCUACUUGUCGGACAAGCUAAAAACGAGAUGAAGCAUCUUGACUCCGAGUUAUCAGGUAAGUUAAAGUGUAACAUUUCAUUGCUGGUUCAGGCCACGGGAACGUUCAAGGAGGCGGCGGAGAAUGAUGACUUGAGGGAGAUUCACAAGAUGGCGAACGAUAAGAUGGAUGAAGUAUGUGAGUAUGUUGGAAAACGAUUUGAGAAGCGAAGUGAAUAUAUGCAGAACUAUUUGGACAUUAAGAUUGGCAAGUUGUAUACGAGGGUUGAAUGUAUGCGUAAAACUGAGCUAAAAAAUUUAAUUUCCUAUGUUGAUACGAACCUCGCUGGAGAUUUUAGCAAAGUCGACGGUAUGAUGAGAGCGCUGGCAGAGAGGUAUAAAGCGGAUGUAGUUGAAAGCGUUAAAAGUAUUUUAAGUCAUGCAUUGGCGAUUCAGAGCUUGGUUGUGAAUGAGAAGAAGACACUUAAGAAACAGGUCGUUGCUUUGGGUGCACAGAUUGCGGCGCUCAAAAGCGUCGAAGAAGAGGUAAAAAACCAGGUGCCUAAAAAGUUGGAAAAUUUCGAGCACGAUAAACGUGACGGCUGGUAUUUGCAACAUGUUGAUUUGUUCAAAAAGGAAGUUAAGACUCAGUUGAAAACUUAUGUCAUGACUAAAUUGGGUAAACAAAUUAGCAAGGAGCUUAAGGAGCUUACUGAUAAAAUUGCUCAUCCAGAAGUCGGCCAUAAUGGACACCUUGAUGCUUUUGUGAACGCACUCGGUAGUUAUGCCGACGGGUUCAAGAGUAAAUUUGAAACGGCGAUUGGAAAUCUGGUUGACCAAUUAUUGAAGGACGGAGACGCUGAAGGUAAAAUUAGAGGGCAUGUAAUAAUGAGAGGUGCGCUGGGCAGCGGACCGAAAAUUAUAGGAGUGAAAAAUGCUAUUAAAACUCAGAUUAUUAAGCUAUCCGACAGUGUUAUGAAUAAACCUGCAUCAGGAAAAGCUGACGUUCAACAAACGUUGAAGAGUAUCCAACAAUAUAUCCAACAAUACUCCGAACAAAUUCAGAUGAAGAUUGAUAACCCGGUUAGUCUUAUCCAGGCUGUUGAAAAGGAUGAAGAGUUCCUACAACUGAAACCUAAAGUUGUCCUGACUGCUAGUGACCAAGGUCUGCAAUCCGGUCUUAAAAGCGUUCUCGCCACGGUAAAAAAGGCAAUUGAAGACGCCCAUGAAGAGGUAAAAAGGUUUAUAACAACCUCCCAGAUAAAAGAGUUGGAAGAGGCCAUUACAGCCGUUACGUCAUUACCCGACGAUGUUUCAAAUAAAGUAUACAAUAGUUUAACCGCUCCCUCGACUCUCGGCACUCUUGGAGAAACUAUCAACAACGCUCUCGGUGAGAACGUUAAUUCGGCCGACGAAUAUCUCGGCACCCUUCUCCAUGACGCAAUUGAGGGAGGCAUCGGUAGGUUUCAGGCAAAAAUUGAGUCAAACAUUCUGAAGCAACUAAACACAAUUAAGUCGGAAUUCGAAAAGCUUCAAACCAAAAUUGGCGAUGAAAGCGUCACAAGUACAGAAGCGCGAAAUGGUGAAUCUGAUUUACACAAAGAAGUGAAUAGGCUUCAAUCAGAUAUCAAUAUGUUUCUGAACAUCAAGGUUGGGGAAGAUGUCAACGUAGGUGGUAGUGUACACAAGGAUUUAGCGGAAUUGAAAAGUAUGAUUUCGGCGCUUGGGACCAAAGUUACUGAAGUUGUAACUCAUGUGGAUAAGGUGAGGAUUGAGCUAACCAAUUGCAUCAAUCAAACAGGAAGAUUGCUGACAAGUGCCAUAAAAACAAGUAAUGCUGUCUUUAAGCAGCUGCAGAAUGAAGUUGGAAUCAAGAUCAAAGAAUCAUUUCAAGAAUUACAGGCAAGAGGCGAAGAUCUCUACACCAACCGAAAAAUUAAAGAAGUCGCUGCUUUACAAAGUAUAGUUAAUGCGCAAAUUGACGAGCUUAAUCUAUUAAUUGAGAAAGAUAAAGAAUUAGGUGUGAAGGGUUAUCUAAAUAGAUUGAACAAAAUAUUCAUGCCACCGUUGAACGACUUCACUCAACCUGCCUCCCGUCCCCAGCUACCCGAAAAAAAGCUCCUCGACUUUUCGCCAAAAGUCAAAGACAGCUUCAAAAAUUGCUUCGACGAUCUGCAGCAACAACUCGAUCUAUUUCCCACAACUAUGCGUGUCAACGCAAUAUCCAACGCUCUCAGCACCCUGCUCGCACCUCUCACCCGCUACGACCAUGCGUUUACCAAAAAUCUGGCGAAGCUGAAAAGCGAAAUAGACGACAUCGCCCAGCAGACGUAUGCCAACAACGCGCAGAAAGUGUCCUUGAGUCUCGUCCAAGGGUUGAGUGCGUUCGUGAAGGAAUUGGAAAAGGUGUACGUGAGGGUGUAUGAUGGUCAUUCUGAUCGUAUUGACUUCGAUAAUUUGGUUAAGAAAACCGGACAAAUAGUUGACUUGAAUGGGCCUGCCAGAUGGAUUACUGUGUCAACCCCGGAUGGCACUAAGCUCGCCAAAAUACUCCUGACGAUUUUCAACUUUAUUUACGAAGACAUAAUCAGAUUAAUAAACAAAUGUGAAGACAACUGGGGAAGCAAGAAACUCUGCUUAAUACAAGAUGACGCAGACAACCCACUUGGUUUGUUCCUACAACGCUGCGGGUAUACGGUCGCCAAAAGUGAUACAUCCAAAGACGGAGAGACGCAAUGUAAAACAAGUGUAAGAGGUGAGACGAUUCUCCGAAAGCUUAACGAAGAAAUUUCAAACGUCCAAAUUACUUCACAUCUUACAACUUGCGAAUCGAAUUUGACUCAAGAGGGUGAAAAGAAAAAAACAGACAACUUUAACUUCGCUGAUCUUCUCGAUUGUCUUCUAAAUCACAUAGACCGGUAUAAUGAAGUGUGCCACUACUCAACUCACUUCGCGAAGAGGCAACCAUGCUCUGCAUAUGAAAUGUUGAUUUGGCUGAGUGGCCUUCCAUACAGUGUCGCACGUCCUGCGUUGCUACAGGAUGGUAUCGGUAACUUGCUUGAUAACGCAAACAAAAAAGUGCUUGCAGACGUCGAUGGUAUCUCACUGCUUGACCACGAAUCCUCAUACCUAGAUGCUAAUCCAACGAAAAUCACGUGGUAUGGCAUUAAUGAAGCGCUUGAACUUCUCUGUUCAGCUUCGUACGAUGUUCUCGUUAGUAUCGCUGGCACUGGAGACGCGGACACCAUCUAUGGGAGCGACCUGUGCAAUAACUCAUUUAAAUUCAAGUACCCCGCUUCCGGCGAAGAUUGCCUGGACAUGCUUCUGGACAUCCUCCGCAGACUGUUUCCGCCACUCAGAUUCUUGCAGACACAGUGUUCCGUCGGCGCAUCGCAUAACGGCUGGUUGCAGUGCACGUACGGUAGGGACGUGCAACCAGCUACGUGGCCCUGCAAGGAGCAUCCAACCGACAAGUCAAAGUGCCAACCUACGUGCCAACCAAAUUGCCAAGUAAACACCCAACCAAAUUGCCAACCAAAGUCCCCAUUAAUGAGUUACCUAUCCGACUGUCACGUCGGUUGCCUGCCUCACAAGCUGACUUCCAUCGGCUGUAAAUACGAAUGU